GACCACGAGGCCCAUCGACCGGACCACCUAGGCGACCGGACCAUCGAGGCGGCCAUGGCUAUGAGGAAAGCGGCGGCCAAGGCUUUCUUCGAGACGGACUGUGACCAAGCUCUUCGAAAUGCUUUAUCGGCGGGGCCUAGGCCACAGAUCGAGUACCACGUGGGACAAAUGGUCUACUUCUACCGCAUCGGGCACUCCAAGAAAGGCAGGAAACUGCCAGAUCUCUGGUGCGGACCUGCCAGGGUCGUACUUCUGGACAUGCCAGGAACACUCUGGCUGAGCUACCAGGGAGGCAUCGUCAAGGCUUCCCCCGAGAGGGUCAGACCAGCUAGUCCUGAAGAACAGCUAACUGUAUCUGGAUGGCUAGCCGGAUUGACUCGCGCCAAGGAGGACUUCGAGGCCACUCCCAAGCGCGGGUACCUCGACCUCAGCCAGGACCCACUUCCAGAGUACCACGAAGAGGUUCAGGGAGAAGAGGAUCGAGGCGACGGACCACAUGGAGACGAUCCGGAUGAAGAUGUCUCCUAUGGAGACCGUAUGAUCCCGCCACAGCAGGACCGGGAUGAAGGGACAACCGGCGGAGAAGCCGAUGACGGACCAGAGCCCAGCCGGAGUUCAUGGGAAUCACUUCCCCGAACCCGACCUCACGGGGAGCUUCCGGAUGAUGAGACGCCGGGACCACCGACAAAGAAGUCCCGGACAGAGCUGCUCGAGAUCUACUACGCGAAGCUCGAGACCCUGAUGAAGACGAGGCAGAGAAAGGAGGUGAGACUAAAGGAGCUCAACAAGCACGACCUGGACUGUUUUAUUCGCGCGGCUGAGAAGGAGAUCAAGAACAACUUGGAGACCCAGGCCUAUGAGAUCCUGGGGCCCGAGGAAAGCGAAAAGGUCCGGGCCGAGAAGCCCGAACGUAUCAUGGACUCCAGGUUCGUCAGGACAGCCAAGCCGUUAGAAGAGUCCGACCUCGACAAGGCCAGAGCUGAUGGGCUACUUCUCGCAGGUGAACAUGGUGGACCCUGCAAGGCGAAGGUCCGGCAUGUUAUGAAGGGAUUCUCGGAGAACGGGGCCGAGGAGCUGGACGCGGCGACCCCACAAGUCACCCGGGACGGAGUCAUCGCGGUUACCCAGAUUAUAGUUGGACAAGGAUGGAGGCUAGGGUUCCUGGACUUCACCCAGGCUUUUCACUCGGGUGACCCGAUCAGUCGAGAGCUCUAUGCCGAGCAACCUCCCGAAGGAAUCCCAGGACUCCAACGAGGACAACUCCUUCGACUCAGGAAGACCUGUUGCGGUCUCCUAGAUGGACCUAUGGCCUGGUUCCAACAUCUUCGAAGAGUGCUGACGCAGGAGAAUGGGUGGAAAAGCCUAGAGGGAAUUAUCUCCGUGGCUACGGAUGACAUGUUGCACGGCGGAGGAGCAAGGCACCAGGAGAAGAUGGAGUACCUCAACAAGACCUACAAGCUCGGGAAAUUUCAAUACGGUGAAGGACGUUUCACGGGAAAGAACUUCAAGCCACUACCAUGCGGCGGCGUCUUGAUCGAGCAGGACCACUACGUGAAGGAGAAGAUCGAAGCAAUCCCAAUCGCCCCAGUUCGCAACAGCCAGAGGUAUUCUAUGUGCAACGAAAAGGAGAUCGGAGAACUCCGAUCUCUGGUUGGUGGCUUGGCGUGGCUGGCGAAGGAAACCAGGCCAGACUUAUGCGGCAGAGUAUGUCUUCUACAACAGGCCUUCCCCCGACCUCGGGUCAGGGAUUUGAUCCAAGCCAACCAGUUGGCUACGGAAGCGAUGAAGUACCCGGCGGGCAUCAAGGUUUCCAAGAUUCCUCUCGACCGCCUACGAAUAAGCACCGUGACCGAUGCUUCCUGGGGAAACGCGGCGGAGCCCAUGACUGGCAAGGACCCCGACUACUGGGUCGAAACCCAGAGCCAAUGGAUUCGGUACCAUGUGAGACCACGACGCACACUCUUCCAUCCAGGAAUGACCGAUGAUGGGCCAGUGAAGCUCAUGGAGACCGGACCAUGGAUCGGAAAGACGGUCUUCGACAAGGGAUCUACCACGGAGGCCAACAUCCACGAGGGCUUCCUACAGAACCGACGGCUAAGCAGCCAGGGAGGCCACAUCAUCCUCUAUCACGACAAGGACCUCCAGUACGAGCCCUGGGCUAAGGUGACCGUGGCCAGCUGGAAAAGCUACAAGUUGAAGCGCAAGGUGGUGAACACCUUGGCGGCAGAGUGGCAGGCUUUGGUGUCCGGCGUGGGCAACCUGCAGUGGCACCGGUUUCUCUUUUCAGAGGCCCAGAACGACCCCGUCAAGGACCGGGACUGGGAAAGAAAGCUAAGCAAUAUACCUUUUCUAGCCGUCACCGAUUCCAAGUCUUUGUACGACACGUUGUCUAAACAGACUUGUCCGUUUAGCCAAGUUGAUGACAAACGCACUGCCAUCGAUGUCUCGAUUCUUAAACAUGAUCUCGAGGGAGCCGGCACAGUUCGAUGGAUCGACGGUCGAAACAUGAUUUCCGACAAUCUGACGAAGAACGCCG